GCUCACCAAAGCACCCAAGUCGGACGAUCUUCGAAACGCUCCUUACAUCGCCGCCGAUCUCUCGAAAACCUCAAGACUAUCGCUCAUUCUAUCACUCACGCCCGAGACUGUCGACAAAACGCUCGCUGACCCGGAGAAUCAUAGAUGAUCGGCGGGUUCCGGAGUGCCGUUGUACCACUUAACACCUGUGCUAAUUCAUUCGAUCAUCGCCACCAUGAGGGCGAUUGCUUGCUCGCUCUGCGUGCUAUACCUAGGGGUCGACUUGUUAGGCGGGGCAGUAGAGGGGGCGGAUUUCAAGAGACGAGAUGGGGUGCACCGCCUGGAGAAGGCACACGUCACAGUCUUUCACGAUCUUAAUCGAAGGGGCACAACGACUUGUGCGACCGGAUACUCUGCUUGCGCGUCAAGCUUGGGUGGAGACUGUUGCGCAUCAGGUUAUGCAUGCGCGACGGAUUCUUGCUACGCGACCACAAGUGCACCGCAGACUUGCGCAGGAAAAUCCGGAUACUACCAGUGUGAUCCGGUCGUGGGUACCGGCUGUUGCCCAGAAGGAUAUAUGUGUGAAAGAGGCUCAAACUGCGUUCCGGCGUCUGGAGUCAUAUACUCUCAGUCAUGUCCGGCGAGUUACUACUUAUGCCCAGCUAGCUUGAGCUACGGCUGCUGUCGAGACGGACUCGGCUGCGCCGUGAGCGCUUGCUACUCGACAGAACCCUCAACCGUUACGGAGACGACGACGAUCACGACGACGAACGACGCCGCGCAAGCCAUAACCACAACAGUUACCGCUACUGCUGUACUGACACCCUCGAGACCUACCACGGCACCGAUAGUAGCAACAGGGGCAAGCGAUCCGGACCAAGUUGUGUUCAAGUACUAUCCAAGCACCGUUCCCAAAGAGCAACCUAUCUCGAGCGGCGACGAUAGCAGUGAUGGACUGACCUCGGGACAAAUCGCGGGUAUCGUGGCUGGAGGAGUUGGCCUGCUCAUCAUUGUGCUGGUGACAGCGUGGAUCAUCAUUCGUCACCUCAACAAGGUUGUACAGGCAGUCGAGACGAGCAACAAGGGAACUUCCUCCGGGGCCAAGUCACGUCCCUCGAUGUAUGAGUUCAAACCAACCCCGUCAGAGGUUGACGAUCUGAGCAUAGACCCGCUCAUGAUGUCUCCUCGACCAUCACACCGCAGACAUGAUUCUGAUACGACCGUCGACUUCACACCUCCGUAUCGUGGUACUCCAGGCUCUGUCGGUGACUAUCAAGCAGUGCCACAAGGCUCGGGAUCCGAUCGACACGCCAGCUACGACUCGGCAUACACAGGAGGCUACUUUGAUGCCGCGCCAGACAGAAGCCAGCGCGCUAGCCAGGGGUCGAGCGCGUGGAUCGGAUUACAUUGUGGAAGUACGGAUUCGCAAGGAACCUACGCGCACCUUCGCCACUGGAGCAAUGCCAGCGAAGCAAGCAGUGAUCACGGGAGCGCGGGUACUCGAACGCCGCUCCAAGAGCUUGACUCUACGCCGUACGUACCAGAGUUGGCUGCCACACCCGUUCCAGAUGCUACCGCGGAGACGCGUCGCCGGUCAGGGAGUGGCUUAUCGGGCAUGAGUCGGCCGCCUGCCGUCCAUCAGCGGAGAAGGAGUAGUGAGGGGUGUCACGGCAGAACGAGGAGUGAUAGCUCUGCUCCGGCUGGGCUGAGUGUUGUGAAUGAGGCUUCAGAGCUCAUCGGUCAUUAUGGCCCGACAGAUCGAGCGAAUGGCCAGACUUCGAAUGGAAAGUAAAGCUAUGUUCAGCCCAUCGCAUUUCUGUCGACUGUCUCUGAUGCUGAGCACAUGCCGGUGCAAGAGCUCGUCAACUCGGUGUUGCGGAUUCAGUCACAGUACGAAGCUUUCGAAUGAACGCAAAAGUUGGAGUUGGAGACAAGGAAUCAGGCUAGGUUGUCUGGCGCCGCAGGACCGGAGACGAUUCCAUCUAUUAUUUG